AUGGCGGUUUCAGUGGGAAAUUUGUCGGACCCCGAGCACUGCCAGGGCCUGGCCCACUACCUGGAGCACAUGCUGUUCAUGGGCUCGACCAAGUACCCCGACGAAAACGAGUACGACUCCUUCAUCUCCGCCAGCGGUGGCUCCACCAACGCCUUCACGGAGUGCGAGUACACCCUUUACCACUUCGACGUGCUGCCGCAACACCUGGAGAAGGGGGUGGACGUGCGGCAAGAGCUGGUCGACUUCCACGCCAAGCACUACCGGGCGUCCGCGAUGCAGCUGGUCGUUCAGGGAGGGCAGGCCCUCGACGAGCUCCAGGCCUUGGUGCUCUCGAGCUUCUCCGGGAUUGCCGCUGCCGCAGCGGGGGGGGGCGACGCGGGCAAGAAGAAGGAGAAGGGGGGGGAUGAGGGCGGUUUGCCCGAGGAGUCUGCGGCGGUGGCGGCGGCGGGGCUGCCGUUCGAUGACGCGGGGGCGCUGGGGAGGGCGUUUCGUGUGCAGCCGGUCAAGGACGUGCACCGGCUCCACGUGACGUGGCAACUCGGGGAGCAACACAGGCGAACGCCAACGGGAGAGGCCGGAGUGCGCCACUGGCUAGACAUCGUAGACGUCCUGUUCCGCUACAUCGGCAUGCUAAGGAGAGAGGGGCCUCAGGAGUGGGUUUUCCAAGAGAUCAGGGACGUCGCCAACAUUCAGUACAGGUUUCAGGAGGAAAGCGAGCCGGCAGAGUACGCGGAACGGCUUGCCGAGCAGAUGCUGCCUUCCGCCCGCUUCGAGGAUGCCCACAUCCUCAAGGGACCCUACGUCAUGGACAAGUGGGACCCCGCCCUGCUCGAGGGUAUAAUCGAACAGCUCACCCCCAGCUCGGCUCGAUACGACGUCCUAUCUACACUCUUCGGACGCGCGGUGGACGCCGCUCGAAACGGCAAGAACCAACAUCCUCAGAGCGAGGACAAGGAGGAAGAAGGCGAUGAGAAUGGUCACGACAAGACGGCGGAGGGCGAGGGUGCCCCCGGCAAGGGAGGGGCAGGCCAGCGAGGAAAAAAAAGAGCCGCGGGCGAGGAAGACGACGACGGUUCCGACGAAGGUUCCGAUUAUGAUUCCGGGGAAGGUUCCGAGGAUGAAGGUUCCGAUUAUGAUUCGGAGGAAGGUUCGGAGGGUGGAAAAGAAGAGGAGGAGGAGGAGGAGGAGGAGGAAGAGGAAGGGAUGGAACUGGGGCACUAUCACGAGCUUUGCAAGAAGCCCGACCGUGACCCGCUGGAAGAGCCUCGCUUCGGAGUGUGCUUCUGGAGCGACGCGAUUCCCGCGGAGAUCUUGGAGGCAUGGGCGGCAUCCCUGCAGCAAGAGCAGCAGCAGCAGGCGGGCGGCAGCACCGCCAGAAGCUCUCUGCUCAGCAGCAGCGCGGGCACUACCGGCGCCGGGAAACACCCGGGUGCGGUUGCCGCCGCUGCCCCGAGCAACGGUACCACCAACGGGAUGACGAUGAUGAAGUCCGCGGCGGGGGGGGCGCAGAAGCAGCGUCAAGACGUACCCAAGGGCAGCGGCAGCGGUAGUAGCGAGCCCCCUCUCCCCACCCUGGCCCUCCCAAAGCCCAACCGGUUCAUCCCCUCGGAGUUGGGCAUCAAGGAAAUUCCCGCCGCGUCGGAGGACGGCAGCAGCAAUAACGCCUCCUCGACGGAAGCCGAGGCGGGAGGAAAGGGGGGAGCGCAUCAUCGGCAGCAGGCGGAGAGACACAGCCCGCGCAAGGUGGCGAGGGAGAGCGCUUCGGCGCGAGAUGCUGGCGGCGGCGGUGGUGGUGGGGUCGUGAGGUGGACCCUGUGGCACUUGCAAGACAGGACAUUCGGGCAGCCCAGGGCGGAGAUUUAUCUCAAGGUUGUGACGCCGGUGGCGAACGAAAGCGCGCGCUCGGCGGCUCUCUGCGAGCUGGUGGUGCGGCUGGUGAACGACUCCCUGACCGAGUACUCCUACGACGCGUACGUGGCCGAGCUCAGCUACCACGUCAAGGCAACAGACGCGGGUUUCCAGAUACACGUGUACGGCUUCGACCACAAGGCCCCCCUCAUGCUUCGGGAGGUGCUCAAACGCCUGCUGGACCUGGGGUCCCACCUGGAGGAAGGGCCCCUGUCUGUGCAGCUGGAAGCCCUAAUCAGAGGCUACCACAACACCAACAUGAAGCCCGGGAGGCACGUCUCCAACGUCCGACUUGAGGCUUUGCGGAAAGGCAGCUGGUCUCCGGUGCAGAAGCAGGCCGCCCUGACCGGGGCUGGGGAAGGGCAGGACGCCUCAGGCCCAGCAACCGGAGAGGGGGAGAGAGCAGCGGGGGCGGGAGCCACACCGGCGCUGUCUGUUGCGCACGUGCAGGCCUUCCUCAAGCGCCUGUUCUACAGGGUAGAGAUGGAAGGUCUCGUUCACGGAAAUUUCUCGGAGGCAGACGCUGAGAGAGUCUUGGACGACAUCGAGCAGGUAGCCGAGGAGGCGGCAGUCAGCAGGGGGGGAGGCAGGAACGCUGUCGUCGACAUGGAAGAGGGCGACGACGGUGGUGCGGAGGAGGUGGCGUUCCAGUACCCGGACGAACCCGUCGUGAAGCUCGACCCGUCCCAGCACGUGCUCUACUGCUGUCCCAGCAAGGAUCCCACGGAACAGAACUGCGCACUGGAGGUGUACUGGCAGAUCGGGGCGAACAACCUCGAGGAUAGAGUUAUCGCCGACGCCAUCGAGCAGGUGAUGGACGAGCCUCUGUACGACCAGCUUCGGACGAAGGAGCAGCUCGGGUACAGCGUCGGGUGCUCCACCCGCGUCACCUGCGGCGUGCUUGGCUUCUGCAUCACCGCGCAGUCCGCCGCUUACGCCCCCGCUCACCUCUACGCCCGCGUCCGCGCGUUCAUGAAGUCCUUCCGGGACACCCUGGCGGGCAUGACAGAAGACACGUUUUCGAUGAACAUGGAGUCCGCCGCGGCGAACAAGCUCCAGCCCGACAACACUCUCAGCGAGGAGGCCCAGCGGUACUGGCCCGAGAUCUACAGCCGUAGGAGGGAGUUCCACGUGAACGUCGCGGAGGCCGCGGAGAUGAAGGGGUUGGAGAAGUCCGCCGUUCUACGAGCAUACGAGGAGUGGUUUUCGGGCGAAGGCGAGGGCAAGCCGUGCUUUACGCUUACGGUAACCGGCGAGGGCAAGUUCAGCGCCGACGACGAAGCCAAGGCGAUAGAAGCUCACAUCCAGGAGGAGAUCGAGAGCAGCAGCAGCAGCAAAGACGUGGGCGGCGGGUUGUCGUCACCCUCGCGAAAAACGUGCGUGCGCAUCGCGACGCCCCCGGAGCUGUACUGCCCCGCGGAGGGUCGUGACGUGUUCCCCCAACUUCUUGGCGUGCUGACUUGUUGACCGUGCCACAAAAUUUUGCAUCGGCCGCUUGUGUCCUUCAUC